ACAGGAAUCUGUAAAGCUAUUGAAUUCUAUCGAACUUGUAAACUGUUCCAUGAGGUGCGGGGAAAUGGAAAUUUGGAACUUGAUGAAUUUCGGCAAAGAAACCAUGAAGAAGGUAUGUGAAAUUUCUUGCAGUUACAGCAUGGAGGCUGUUAGAAAGAUGGACGAAAUUGUUAGAGUUAAAGGCCUCGAAAAACUUGGUGCAUAUAUGGCGGAUGAUGAAGGUCGUGCUAAGAUGGUUUAUUUCAGUGCAAAAUUCGUCAAAAAUGCUUCACUUUAUGCAUUCAAGGAAGCAGCCAACAUCUUAAUUCCUGGUGGGAGGGCAUUUGCCAAAAUUUUCGCUGAAACAGUUCGUGAAAUAGAAAGUGAGUCGAAAAAUGAUGCCACUGGUAAUGUCGCAGCAGAUAUGCUGAAGUUGGGUUCUGAAACUGGAGUCCAUGUUGAUUCAUUCACACAUCAAACACCUGAAGAUGUCUUGAGAUUCUUCAUGAUGAUGGAAUUCAUGGGCACUCGUUAUCUCGACUCUUUGCUAGUUUCUGAUCACGUAUAAUUGAAGUAAAAUUUCAUAGUUAAAUUCAAGUUACCUCUUUGUUUUCAAUAGUAUGAAUACUGUCUCA